UGUGAGGAUUGCGGAGGAGAGGAGGGCUUUAUUCGUUGUCUGUCCUGCUCAGGAGAGCACAGUUGGUGUUCCUCAUGUGCUGUCAGAGCCCACCAGCACAACCCCUUCCACAACCUUCAGCUUUGGAAUGGCAAGUUCUACCAGUCUACUACCCUACGGGACCACAGGUAUAUAAUGCAUCUUGGCCAUGGGGGAAAUCCUUGCCCCAAU